AUGGAAGUACCGCCUGAUGCGAACGGAGAAUUUGGACUUGAGCAAGAUGGGCAGCAAACUCCUGGCGCAGGAAUUAAAAGAGACUCAAUAUCCUUCGAUUUGGUAAGUAUGGGAGCAGAUCAGGCAUAGUUUUUUACACAUUUAGGAAGUAGUUAGCGUAAAUUUACGUUUUUUGUUCUUGAAAAGUUUCAAAAUAAUUUUUCAGUGUGCACGGAAUAUGGAAACUUGAUAGCGCGUUUGGUUGUCGUUUCCAGCGUUCCUUUUGUAGAUUCGUUCUAACCACUGGAAAUCGUAACAGCACCCAUCUCUUUCGCUACCGAUUAAUUUUUUUCUCGCCGAGAUGUGGGUAGUUAAUUUUGUUUAUCUACUGUUUUCGGGCGGGUUGGUUCGUUUAGCCGGCCAUCGAGGAAUCUUCCCGAGUCUGCCACGAUUUCAAAACUUUUUGUACAGCACUAACUAAUUUGCAUAUUUUUUUCUUCAUUCAUUCAGACGCUCUUCGAAAACUUUUUCCGAAUUAGAAAUUUUUGGUUUUGUUCGCAAAGCUUGGAAUCUGAUCAAAGUUCGUUUCGUGUCGGGGUCUAAAAUUGUCAAACAUCCUUUCAAAGUUUCCUCAAGAUCGCAGGCAAAAGGACGUUCUACAGAUCUAUAGAAACUAUCUUUUCAAUGCUCGCAAGAUAUGUUAAUUUUGACUUGUACUUUCUCGAAGAAAUUGUCUUGGUCUGUGUUUAUUUCCUCACUAAACUAUCUAGUAAAGCUUAUCGCAGAGAGUCUGCUUAGAGAAUUUAUUGAUUAGGAUCGAUUAAAUUUUGUUUUAGUUCAGCCUGGUAGCCUUUCUUCACUGGUUGUAAAUCAGUGGGGAUUUUUUUUGCAGCGAUUAAAACUUACAUUUAAAUAAGUAAACAUUCGCAGUUGUUUUCGCCUAUUACAAAGGAUCGAAAUACUUAGAUGGAUCGGAAGUUGCCUAAAGAAUUUACGAAACCGUAGCGAUUUAUCAGGGCGAUCAUAUUGCCUCAAGAAUGUCGAAAAAUGGUCUCCUUUGCCCAAGUUUUGGAAAGAAAAAGGACAUUUUGAGAGUAAUUGGCUCCUCAUUGUUAUGCACAGAUGGUCUCUUUGCUGUUUUUAAAUCUACAGUUCUCAGUGUUUAGAAACUUGUCUCGAAUGUCGGUUUAAAUUCGCGAAAUCCAACCCUCCUAACCUGAAUGUAUGCUGAGGAGAUUUUAAAAUGACGCUAAGUUUUACUUGGCGUUUGCAAGCUUCAUUUUCCUUACGGUUUGCUAUUUGUUUUCAAGUGCUGUGUCGCGGUAAUGGUUGAUUUUGGCCACUAUUGACGUAUCACAGUUAAAUGAUAAAUGUCAGUAGCAAUUCUUUUGUCUUUACCAAGUACAUUUACAGAGCUAUUUGAUGAAAUAGUUUCUUUGGAUGUCCUGCAGUUCGAAGAAAAUUCGAGAAAAGCUAGGAAUUUCAAAUAAUUAAAAGACAGAUAUGAAAAGAAUCCUGUGAAUACUCUGGGUGAUAUUAUUUGCAGAUGGAAAUAAUAUGUGUUUAAAUUACACCAUUAUGUAGUAACUUUUUGUGUCAUGUAUUCAUAAGGGGAGUUUUGAACUUCAAAGACCCAAGGCCUCCAACUUGUUUACUUUUGUAUUGUAAGAACAUUUUACUUCUGUGCCUGUGAGGCAAAAUGUAUUUUUAAAUCCUUGGGUGUGAAAUUUUGGCACAUGAUCAUCUCUUGGACUCCUUAUCUGUCACAUUUAAUGUCAUAACAAAUUGAUAGAAAGUUAUUGAAACUGGAUCAAAUCUGACCCCCAGCCUUUCAUUCCAAGCUGGGGCUUUUAUAACUUUAAACAUUUUUUCUGUCAGCACUGCUGAAGCAUAAAAAUCUGUUAGCAGAAAUUUUUGAAUUUUAUGCAAAAGGUAUGCAAAUUUACAUAUUUUGAUAGCUCAUAAGAGUUUGUCAAGUGCAUCUUUUGUUAGGAAGGUAUUGCAUAGUGAAGAUCAAGAGUGUGUUUUAAAUGUGUCUUUUUAUGUGGCACUAACCAGUUCUUGUGUAUAUGACUAAAAUUUGGAAAUUCCAUCUCACUGAUGGGCAAACAACACUCAAUUUUGCCAGCCAGCAAGUAAAUAUUAUAUCUUUUUUUUUACAACACCUUGAAUCUGAAAACAAAAUUUCCAGCUCUUCCCACUAAUUGACUGAUUUUGCCACCACUGACCACUGACUUAUUUUAACAAUGGAGCAGGCUUGUGAAAUAUUACAAAUCUUUACUCAGGAAUUCUACCUUUGAUCCUCUUGAGCAGUUUCAAGACAAUGUUAGAUUAUGGCAGUUUCAGUAAAUUUUAUACAUAGUGUCCCAGAAAAGCAUCCUUAUUUUAAACUUGUGAUUGUUUUUCAAGGAAGAUUGGUAGAUUUUAGGUAGUUCAAAAGCUAGUUAGUUCAUAUUGAUCGCAACUAAAUGUAAUAAAAAGUAUGUGACUCGUGAGUGGUGAAAAAUAAUGAGGUAAUCCUGACAGAUGAACUGCAAAUGAAGAAAAAUAUGCUUGGAAAAAUGCAGACCUUUACCUUCCUAGUUGUUAGUUACGGGCAAUUUAGCCUAAGGGUCUCAUGUUGCACACAGGGCAAAUUUUUGUGGGUUCUUUUUCUAAAGAACGAGGAAAUGUUAAAAAUAGAACAGAAACAGUUUUAUAAUUUCAUUUACGAUCUCAUUCUGGUAUUUUUGACACAUUUUUGUGGUAAGAUGUGUACAGUGUUUACUGUGGGAUGAUGAUUUAUUAAGUAAACAUACCAUGUUUACUUAACAACAAUUUUUUAUAUGAAUAGGAUUUUGAAAAGGCACGAAAAGUUCCCAAGCUUUGUAUUAAAAUACCACUCACUGAAGUCAUCCCAGUCAACGGUGUAGAGUCUGGUGAAGAGGAGACAUUUGCGUCAGAUGACAUAGUAAGGGAUUUGAGUCAGAAGCAUGAAGAAACAGCACCAGCACUAAGCUGUCAUACCUGUGGGGAAGAAAUAUACAGUGAAGAGUUUGUUAAUAAUGAAAAACUCUACUGUAGUGAGGAAUGUAUGGAAAAAGAAAGUUUUGUUGUUGGUGCAGAUACAACAAGAAAAAGGGUAAGAUAUAAUAUUUAGAGAUUUUUAUCGUAGGAUUUGAGGUGGCUCAAUGGUUAGCAUAAUCUGUUCAUGACAUUACAAUGUAUGUUCACACCUUUCUGGGGUGAUUUUAGGGUGUUGUCAUGCAAGAAACUUUACAAUGAUAGAGAUAAAUGGUUUUUUGUUUUGAUUUCUUCAUCGGAUAAUUAAAGAUCUGAGUCCUUCACAAGGAACUGACCUCUAGAUCUUUGUAUUCAGCACUGAACCACUGAACUACAGAGAACUAUCUGGAGAGCUAGAACUUUUAUGGUGAUGAAGAAAGAUGAUGUCUAUCUUGUCUCAAGAAUUAGAUAAAAAAUGUUUCAGUCCACUUGGAGAAAUUAAAUUCAAGACCUUCAGACUUAACACUUGUAAUUCUCUACCACUGAGCUAGGGAGACAGAGAGAACUCUAUGUUUCAUUGAGAGAAGACUGAUGGAAUGGACACAUGUUACUGUAAAAAUUAAGGGUACAGUUCCCUUUGACUGGCUGGUAUUUGAAGAAGGAGAGCUGCAAAUCUGGUAUAAAUUUCCACAUUUGGAGCACCCAUCUGGCUCAGUGCAAACUUUACCUUCAUAGCUUGUUUUUUGUUGCGGUUAAUAUCUAUGUAUUAAAGAUUGACUCUUCUUUCAGGUUCACGCAACAAGACAGAAUUUUCUGUCAGAUCUUGACAAGCCUUCAGGUAGUGUUAGAGACAUGAAAAGACAAUGCAGAGGGCUUGGAAUGGCUGGUAAGGAGUAAUGUUAUAGUAUCAAUUAAAAAUUCUUCAGAAAAAUAUAACUUUAUUUUUCAAUUUUUUUUCCUUGGAUUUGCUGUUGUGAAUGUAUGGGCUGUAUUUUCACAAAGAAUCUUUGUUUUCAGGGUUGCUUGAAAUAGGCCAAGGCUAAGCAGAAAACUUAUUGUAAGCUAAGUUAGUUGGGAAGGAAUUUAACUCAUCUCACUGGAGGGUGCUAGCAAACUAAAAUUGAGGGUUAUUUACAGAAGAGGCAUAAGGAUAAUUUUCAAGUCCGCUAUUCCCAAGUUGUAGAUGGUAACUUACUGAAUAUCCAUGACUGAUUUAGUGCCUCGCAAAGGAUAGCAAAAACACUCUUAUUUGACGUUAUAAUUUACAUAUCAUUUUAAAAGGAUAGUACUAGCAAGCUAAAAAUCAUAAGCUGUUUUCAUUGUCUUUUUCUUUUUUUCACAUUUAGCAUCCAUUCAAGAACUUAUUGGGUAAGUACCCCACCAAUAUGCUAUUCCAUCUCCAAGGUAGUUAAAAGCCUGUGGCUACUGUAGAUAGUAGCAUAUGGGUUUUUUUUCUUUCUCUUUUCCUCUGUUUUAACCCUUUAACCCCUAAGAGUGAUUGGCAACUAAUUCCUCCAGGGUGUAUCACCCUUGAAUCAAACACUAAGGUCACAAGAAUAAAGGAAUUGAUCACCAACUAAAGAAGCUCUUGAUUGUUCAACAAAUUCACCUUGACAGUGCCUUAGGAAAUGUAUGGUGAAAAUUAUGGAGAAUAUAUUUACUGAUGUUAGGAUGUCAGGGGUUAAUAGAUUUAUCUUUACCUUAUCUUCAACUCCAACUUUUAAAUAUUGAUUGUGCACUCUUCAUCAUGUAUUUAUUGUGACUUAAAUAAUCACUGAUUAUGUGGUGUUGUAUGACACAAUAUCUCUUAAGUGAUGCUUUUCUUUCUUUUCCUUUGACCAAUCUGCUCGAAAACAAGAUGAUAUUUUUGAAGGAGAAAUUUCCCUUUGGUCACCCCUGAUGUCUGCUAUAUAUGCUUCUUAUGAUGUUAGUUUGGAGAAUUUGGUAUUGGAUCUGUAACUCAUAAUCUCCGUAUUGAUUAUUUUCUUUAUUCUUAUUACUUGUCUGCUUGAUAUUGUACUGGUAUUGAAAGGAGAAAUUCUGUCUUUGUCACUCAUGGUAGUUUAGGGGUUAAUAACUAAUACCUAAUAAACCCGUUUAGCCUCUUUCUCAAGCUGUAGACUGGUGUUGGUAGUAACAUUAUUCAUGACAGUAAAUUCAAGAAUAAAAAUAUUUUUUAUGAUUCUAGUAUACUGCAUCUAUCUAGCUACUGUAGAUGUAGAGAGAUUUUAUCUUUCACCCUUCCACUCCCUAGUUAGUUUGGAGAAUCUGGUAUUGGAUCAUUUUAUAAUCCUCUUGGUUAUAUUUUUCUUUUACUUGGCUGCUUGAUAUUGUAUUGAUAUUUUUACCAGAAAUUCUGUUUUGGUCAUUCACGGAAAUUAAAGGGAUAAAUGGUCAUUAGUUUUAAUUGAGCUGGCUACUUUUACAAUUUUUUAUUGAGUAGUCAAUUUUAUUGUGAGGGUCAGACCCUUUGAAAAGUUCCACCUAAUUUUUAAGUGCCAAUAUUACUACACAUGCACUCCCACAGGCAAAAUGAGGAUUUCAUUUUACUUUUUAUCAAGUGCUGUAUACUGUAGGGGGCAAAACUACGUAAUGCUGAUUGGCUGAAACAAAGAACAUUUCUUAAGCAAUUUUACUUGUUUGUUUCCUAUGUUCAAUGGGAUUUUAAAAAUGUUUGGAAAUUAAAAGUCCAGAGACAUCAAGCUUGUGAGUUUGAUGUAGUAUCAUUGUAACUCAGGGAAUCAUGUGAAAACUCUGAAAAUAAUUGUGGAAUUAUUCAUAAGUUGCUCUCAAACCCAUAAAGUUAUAUGUACUAAAUGAUUUUUUAAUGUAGGCAUUUUAUUUAUUCAUCAAGUUUAAACUUGGUCCUAAACUACAGGCAUAAUUUUGACAAUAUUUUAAAAUCAUCUUUACAAAAGUAAACUUUAUUCACAAGUGUCAACGUUUUUCUUUUAAUUUCUCCUCAAUACAUGUAGUUAAAGUUAAUAUUGACCUGUUAUGGUUUUGAAUGUAUGGUCCCAAGAAGAUGAUCACUUUAAUUUACAUCAUAGGAACAUCAAAGACAAUUUCCUCUCACACCAUUUUUGUCAUGCAAAUGAAAUUUGGCUCAUGUCAAGUUUGAUAGUCACGUUUUGAAUAAUGAUUAAUUUCAAUAUUUAGUGCUGUGACAAAUUAUUAAGCUGUCAUUGAUGACAUCUGCUUCUGUUCAUUUAGAAUUUCUGUGAGGCUUUAAGAGAUUUUUUCUUUCCUUUGUAAAGGAUUCAUAACUCACUCAAUAUAUUGAUGUUAUUUUUCUCAGUCUGCUAAUUAUUACCUUUAUCUAAGGAUCAAUGAAUUACAGAUACAAAAUUUUUCCUUCCCUGAUAAUAGAAGCAUCAUUAUGUAAGCAAGUGACAGCUGCAUGUUAACUGGAUCAAGUCACUUUUAAAUAACUGUGAGCCCACUUAAAUUGUCCAGUUUGUUAACUAUACAUUCUGUUUUUCUUGUUAACAAGAUGUUUCGAAGCCUGUUCAAUAUUUUGACUCAGUAAAACCAAACAGGAUUAUCAGAAUGAGUUAUGAUAAUUGGGAUGAAAAGACUUGGAUGGAAUUUUGGACAAGAUUUAGAGAGUAAAGAGUUUUAUUUGUGAAUUUUCAUCUUAGUAUUAUACAAAACAUGAUGUCUUUCCUCAAAAAGUGUGUUAAUUAAUUUUUAGGUUUGUGAAUUUUUUAAAGAUCCAGUGUACAUUUAAACAUUGAUAUAUUUGUAAGUUCUUGUCCUCUUCAUGCUUUUAAUGUCUGCAGUAACUAGGCUUGAACAAUUCUAGUAUACUGGUGUCCUUUAAGUGAACAUUUGACUAGUUUUAAAAUAUAAUGUCAACAUUUUUGCUUGUCUACAUUUUUAACACCAGGUGUCCUACACCGGGAUGUGAUGGAAAAGGACAUGUUAAUGGAAAGUUUGCAUCUCACCGAAGGUUAGAGUUAGAAUUAAUUAAUUAUUUUUCAGAUUGUUUCUCCAAGAUAUGCUUGUUAUGCAGAAAUUGGUUCUGAAUAUCACAAAGGAGCAUAAAGAUAUGGAAGAAGGGCCAAAAAAAGAAGUUGAAUAUUAACUAAAAUUGUUUUGUCUGGGUCUGGUAUUUUCAAACAGAGGUCUCAAUGUCUCGCAAAAAGGCCCUUAACAUUACAGGGGGCAAGUGAAAUGCUGUCGUUUCCACAAAAGAAGAAAGAAAAUAAUUUAGAGAUUAACAUUCAUAUUUUUAAGUGGUCAUAGAGAAUCCAUUUUUAAGUUGAAGUUGAGUCAGUUAUUUUCUGUGAAAACACCUGCUUUAGACUGAACAUGAUCUGAUGAUAAAAGAUUAUUAUGUUAGAAGGCUGGAUGUUUGAGCAUUAUCAAAGAAGCUAUAUCACUAUGACAAAAGUCAUUUCUUGUGGCAUGUAUGUAAAACUACCAUUAUCUGACUUAAAAGAUCUGGGCCCAGUUGUAUAAAGGGCGGAUAACUCUAUCCAACGGAUAAAUCACUAUUUAGCAGACAAGUGAUAGCAAAUUGUAUAGCGUUAUUCAUCAGAUAGAGUUUUAUCCAAUGGAUAGUGCUACCCAACUUUUGAACAACUGGGGCCUGAUUGUUAAUUCUCACCUCUCAUGGUGAGAUAUUUACAUGUAAGUUAGCUAGGAGAAUUUGGUAUAGAUCAAGGUAACAACUUCUACCUGAUAAAUUAGAGUAUUCUCAUUACCUGUUUGCUGGGUAAUGUAUGGAUGUUAUAGGAAGAAGUUUCAUGUAAAGGGUUAAGACUACAAAGUAGUAGCUACUUUGAUAGAAAAUCAAGAUAGAAAAUCCAAGCAACUGAAGCAGUAAAAGAGUUGAACAUGUAACUGAGUUCUUCUUCUUUUAUUUUAGUGUCUAUGGCUGCCCAUAUGUACAGAAAACCAGUAGAAGAUUUUCAAGAUUUGACAGUGGAGGUAUCUAUACUUAAUUGUUAACUGCUUUUACAAAUUACAAUUUUGUAAAGGCCGCAAUGAACUGCUGCCUACUUCUUAUUUAAUAAGUUUAAGGUCUGUAAGUUUUAAGUUACAGAUUGAGAGAUAUCUUCCUCUUUGAUUUAUGCCAUGCUCACAACUUGCAAAUAGAAGCAGGAAAAAACCAGUCCCAGGUUGUUCAAAGCUGGGUAAAGGUAACCCAGGGUUAGUGUGAAAUUUGAUUUCAGGUCUGAAAGCUUUAAGAGAAAAUUCCAUUCAAAUCUUUUUGCUUGCAAUUUGAUAUUGGAUGUUCUAAAAAGAAUAGUGAAAAUUUUCCCUAAAAGACUUUUGAACAAAGAAAUAAAGAAACCUGAAUUAAAAUUUAACCCUGGGUUAGGGCUAAGCGGCCUUUGAACAACUGGGCCCAGGAUCUUUAGGGCUGGCCAGAGAAGAUGAGAAAUCUGAUAUAUUUUUUUUAUAUCAUUUUUGUGUGUGAAGGGUUAAGGUAAUGAUCAGUGAUAAAAACAAGAGACUUAACCCUUAAGUCCCACUAGUGACCAAGACAGAAUUUCUCCUUACACUAUCAGUACAAUAUCAAGCAGACAAGUAAUGAGAAUAAAGAAAAAUAUCAAUUAGGGGAUUAUUGGUUGAUCCAAUACUAAAUUCUCCAAAUUAGAAUCAUAUGAAUUGUAUGGCAGACAGUUAGGAGCAUUAUUAGUGAGAUCUUGGGAGUUAAAGGGUUAAACAACAAAAAACAGCUUGAAUGUUUAGUGAACCAUGCAUGACAAUUUUACUUGCACUGCAUGGUUAGCCAUUUGAUCCCUAAGAGUGACUAGUCUCUAAGUUCUCCUUACAAUAUCACCCGCAAAUCACACACUGGGGUCAUGAGAAUAAAGGAAUUUUCUCCUCGUCAACAUGUUAACAAAUGUACAGAGAAUGGUAUGGAAAGUUUGCAUACUGAUGUUAUGGUGUCCAGGGUUAGUAAUUGAGAGAUCAUGUAAAGCACUUACUUUUCACUUGCUAAUGACAAGGCAACAAAACAGCCUGAAUGGCUGAAGAAACUAUAUGAACUUCUCUUUUCAAUUGGUUUUUUAUUUGUUUUGGUUACUCUGUGUAUUUGUAUGCAAAAUAUCAGUGCAAAUUGUUAUAGUACUCAUAUGUUUGUGUUCUUUAUUUUAAAUUAACAGACAAGGAUGCUGAUGCAACUUCAGAAACAUCAAGGUGAAGAAAUAAAUAUGUUUUUUUUUUAAGUAGUGAAGGGUUUGGUCAUUUGAAAGUCUGUAACCUUGUAUAAAUAACAAUUUAUUAUCAACAUGGACACUGAUUUACAUACUGUUUCCAUAAAUGGUUCACUGUGCAUUAGAUGAAUUGAAAAUAACAAUUAUAGGAAGCUUUCAUGUGCCAAUUAACCUCUCUGAGAUUCAGUGCAAAGACUAUACUUGCCACAGGUCUCACAGGUCUUUCUUGUUUUCAUUGUCUCUUGAUCUAUUUUUGUGUUUGCAAAUUACAGGUGUCCUACUCCAGGCUGUGAUGGUUCAGGACAUAAAUCUGGAUUAUUUGCCUCCCACAGAAGGUCAGUAUCAAAUGCACAAUUUUACAGUCACUUAAUUAUAAUGCAUGCACAUCAAGACAUGGCUGCUUUUUUUUUUAAUAUACUUGAGAUGUGUUUGAGUGCACAUUUUCUGCUAUGUUUUUACAAACAAGUCUGAUGACCUUGCAUUUUAAGGGUGUAGUGGAACUUUAACUACAAAGGGACUUAAAUAAUAAUCAAAAGAUAUUUUAAGACCAUGUACUUGUAUGUACAGAACUAGAUGAUCAACUAUGUGCAAGGAAUGCUAUCUUGUGUCACUCACAACAUUGUCACUUCAAGUCAAAGGCUCAAAAAUAGUUAACACCAUUUGUCACUGAAUCUUAUGGUUUGCAGUCUCUAUGGAUGCCCAAGGAGAGUUUCUGUGGAGAAAAGCAAAGAUGGUAAAUAAAAGAUGUUCUUACAUUCUUUUUAACCCUUUAAGUCCCAGAUCAAAUUUGUAAUCAUCCUUACUGUCAACCAUACAAUUCCUGUAAUGUUAGUUCAGAGAAUUCAGUAUUGGAUCAGCUAAUUAUCCCCAAAUUGACAUUUUCCUUUACUCUCAACACUUAUCUGGUUGAUAUUGUUUUGCUAUUGUAAGGAGAAAUUCUCUCUUGGUCACUCAUGGGAGUUAAAGGGUUAAGCAUACUUUUCUAUUAACCCUUUCAACCUCAGGAGUGACUAAAUAGGAAUUUCUCCCAAUGGUAUAAGUACAUUUUCAUCCAGAAAGACAUUGAGAAAAAAGAAAACUAUUGGUAAUUGUGAUGAACAACUUCCUGAAAAAAUGUGUAAUUCUUGUAAAGCCAACUGGUAACCUGUUGCCAGCUUGUUCAUUAUAUGUCAGUGGGCUGUCAGAUGUCUGUUGGCCAACUUUCCACCAACAGACAGAUCAGUAGAGGAGAGCUGUUCUCCACAAUUACCAAAACACCAAUCAAGGGAAUUUUUCUCAAACACCAUUAAAAAAUGAAUAAAGGGGUAAGUUUCUAAAGAAACUGUGGUGCUGCGUCAGUGGGAGAGUAUAGCAGGUAAUUUAGUGUUAACAACUGGGUUGAAAAUGUAAAUUAGCCACCGUAAAGGGUAAAAAAGCUGACGUUUCGAGCGUUAGCCCUUCAUCAAUCGCUCUGAUGAAGGGCUAACGCUCGAAACGUCAGCUUUUUUACCCUUUACGGUGGCUAAUUUACGUUUUCAACCCAGUUGUUAACACUAAAUUACCUACCAUUAAAAAAUGUAUACCAGACAGUGCAGAGAAUUUAUAUGUAGAUUUAGGAGACCACAUGGUUAACAAUGUAGUUAUGCACAUAUCAAUGUUAUAUGGUUCAAGGUGUUUGAACAAGAAUGAGGAAAUUAGAAUGAGCUUAAAACUGUUUGAUGGUAUUUGAAACAUUCUGAGCUUGUAAAGAAGAUGAUUGAGCCUGUACUGUGCCAUCUGGAAAAUAGAAAUGGAUUCUGCAACAAAUGCACCAGAAUGCAUUGUACAAGUACAAUUUUGUUGAUUUUUCUUUUUUUUUUUCUUUUAUUCCCAGGUAAAGCUUCAGGAGAUGACAAUGGAGCAAGGUACAUGUAGGAUUUUUUCUUAGAGUAGAGUUGCAAACUUUUAGUUCAAAGUAGCUUUUCUUCAGUCAUUAUUCACUUAACUAUAUGUUAAUUGCUCAUUUAUUUAAUCAUUGAUUUAUUGAGGUAUUUUUGUUUUAUUGUUUUUUACUCUUUUCUUUAAUAUGAAUUUCUUUAUUAAAUAUUUCUAUAGAUGUCCAACUCCAGGAUGUGAUGGUACUGGACACAGAACAGGGUUGUACACAUCACACAGAAGGUAGGGUUGACAGUUGUGAUUUGGUCCAGUUAAUCCUUUACACCCUAAUAUCACUAUGUAUAUUCUCCAUACUGUUCAUUAUACAUUUCUUGAGGUGCUGAAAAGGAGAAUUUGUUGAACAAUCAAGAACUUCUCUAGUUGUUGAUCAUUUCCUUUAUCCUCAUGACCUUAAUGUGUGAUUCAGGGGUGAUCUUAAAAGGAGAAAUUAGAUGCCGGUCACUAUUAGGGGUGAAAGGGUUAACAAAUAGAUUCCUUGUACUGUGUGUCUGUUCAGUAAUAGAUCACAAAUGGUGCAGCCAAGUUGGUCACUGAUGUUCUUCUUCUCUUUUUCAUUUCCCAAAUAUUUUUUUUUUAAUUUGUGAAUUUUUAUCAAAUCUGCUCUGAUUCUAUACAUUUUUUAUUAAAGGGAUGUUUCAAGCUACAUGCAGAAUUUCUUUUAAUUUUUUUCUGUCAUAUUUGGAUUCUUUUCCUGUUAUUUGUUGUUUUGAAGAAUGGAGUAGAUUAUAUUCUAUUAAGAGUAGGAUUCAUGAUGAAUUUAGGAAACAUAACCCUCCAGGAAGAACCUCAUUUCCAAUAAGUUUUUGAGGAAAAACCUCCUCCCCUCACCCUUUCCCUUGUCCUGUUACUGAUUGUAGUAUAAUUUACUCUUUUCUGAACUAACAUAACCCUGGCAAUGUAAAUUGUAGUCUUUCAGGUUGUCCCCUAGCCACAGCCCAGAAGCAGGUUUCUCGUCAGUGCAGAAGUCCACCAAAUACUCCACCACACAAGAAGAGUAAGUAUUUCACUGAGCCACAAGAUGGCUGUAUAUACUAAACUCUCUGCAAAUAACUUGUGUGUUGCUAGUAAACCCUUUUACUCUCAGAGGUGAUUGAAGUGAUCCUCACAAUUUCUGCACAUUGCCCAAAAAAACAAGUAACCAGAAUACACAUAUAGCUAGAGCUUGUUAUCCUGAUAUAGCACCAUAUUCUCUUGAGUUAUUUACUAGAACAUGUAUAGCAUCUGGUAGGGAGAAUUAUCAACUGGAUCUUGGAAAAUGAUUAAUAUGAUUAUUUUUUUACCUCCCUAGUAUCCAUUUAGGUUUUCUGUCAUUUUGCCUGUAAUUUCUACAAAAGUGUACAUUUAAAGUCUACUAUGAAAGAUAUUCACAGUAUAUGUAGAUGUAGGAAAGAUAAGAAUCAGACAAAUGAACAAAAUUUUACAGUAUCUGAAGUAUACAACUUUGAAAUGACUCCAAAUUCUUUUAUAACCAACAUGCAAGGAGAUAUGUAGUUGUCUAAAAAAAAAUCAACAUUCUGCUUUUGACAUGAAAGACUAAGAAAAGUAAAAUUUGGAGAAGGUGGAAACAUGUCGCUCUGGGGUGUAGCAACAACAUCUAGCAAGAUUCUCUGUGAAAUGAGCUAGUUUGACUUUAUUUCAGGCCGCCCACAAAAAUGCAUUCUUACAGACAAGACAUUACCUCAAGAAAGUCCCACAUCUCCAGACUCAGGCAUUUCUUCUGCAUCCAGCACUGAAGAUAGCUCAGUCAAGAAAGAACUGAAUUUUGAUUCAGACACCAAAGAUUCACCUGUACAUUUUACAUUUCCCAAGAGUAAGCCUCCCAGAAUGAAAUCUGAGUCCCCAUCUGUGACCACUCCCACUGAUUCCCUCCCAGCAUUGUCUAUGCCGAGUGUGAUCUCAGCAACAACUGCUGUGGCUGUGGCAAACUCAGUCAUGCGUGUUGAGCGGGCUCCCAUCUCCAAGGAAGUGUCCUCAAUGGAGUGUGCAACAGAGGAAUCUGAAUAUGGAAUUACGAAAGGGCCAGUUGAUGCAGCUAAUGGUGGUGAUGAUGAUGAUGAGGAGGAAGAGGAGGAGUUAAGUUCUGAUGAGAUAUGCUUGGAGGCUAAAGAAGUUGUCCAGUACACUUCUUCAGAGAGUUCUUCUGAGGAAGAUGAUGACAUCAGAGAGGAUGCUGAUGACUCUGACUAUGGAGGAGGGAGAAGUAAGUGUCAGGAAAUGAUUUUAAAAAUAAACUUGUAAUCUCUGUAACAAAGUUGAAGGUAUCGACUUUGCUUAUCAUAGCAGUGUGCAGGACGCAUGUCACCUGAAAGGCACUUCCACUAGAGUGUAAGAAUCAAUCCAGAUGUAUAUUUCGUUUCGUUCACCAUCUCUUCAUGAUAUUGCCUCAGAAGGUCUAGCCGCUCUGUUAACCAUUCGGAUGCAAUACUACGACACGGUCAAGACACUGCUUUAGUAUAACUCCCACUGACAACGCGUCACAAGUUUUUGUCUCUCUUUGUAGUCGUUACGAGGGAGUCUUAAGCCCCAUCGAAUCGUCUGUAAAGAUUGUCUUAUGAUUCACUUACCGGUAUACCUUAUUAUGUUGCUUUUGUCUCUUCCAUAGGUGCUUCCAAGUUGAUUGGGUAUGUAUAUUGUAUCACUUUUCAUGUGUAGCCGCUAGCGUUGUGAGACAUUUUGAAAUUGUCCCUCUUUAUCUCCAUGCAAAAUGUUUUGAGUGCAAUACUUUGAGUAGACACAGAAGUUAUUUCUUAUAAUCUGUUCAAACACGGUGUCUUUCGCUCUUUGGUUUCACCCAGUUGUCCAACAGAGGGUUGUGACGGAUCAGGACAUGUGAAUGGCCGUUUUUCCAGUCACCGCCGUCUCUCUGGUUGUCCAAGAGUGGUGAGGAACAUGCCUCUUCCGAAAACCCCUGUUAAACGCGAAUUUGGUGAGUUGUGUGAUAUUUUCUUUUAUCCUUUAACACUUCUCAAGUUUUAUUUCUACCAGCAGGCGCUGGAUCGCUCCGUGUACACCUUUUUGUAUUUGGGUGGCACGCGAAAAAUCGCGGUAGGCAACAGAAAGGCGGGAAAAUUUCCCUGCCCUUACCAUCUCGAUGUACUUGAUCCUUCCGCGCUGAUCUGUUAAAUUCAUGUUUUGUAUUAGUCUUGCAUCUAAGGCAUCUGCAGACUUUUCAAUAAGACAUGCAAUUAUUCACGGUAAGAACAUUUUUGCGUAGAAAUUAAGAAGCGUUUUUGUUAUCUGCAGGAUCGGAUGGGAAGCCUAAAGAACUUCUCAGGUGAGUGAUUAGUUCAGUUUGUUUGUCUCACAGAGUGCUUCGGUUUUUUAGGAGAACAUUUCGUGAUUAAAGCAAUAAUAGAAAGGGGCGUUUACUUUUGCAGGGUCAUUUCUAUCCCGUAUUUAAAUUUAGUCCUAUAGUUGUGAUUACAAAUGUUGGCCUUGUUUUUCAUUGUUGCUACAAGAUGUCGAAUUUUUUUUUCCUUUUUCCUUUUAUACGUAGUUGUCCAACUCCAAACUGUGAUGGAAGGGGACAUGUGUCAGGGCAGUAUGCAACGCACAGGAGGUAUGUCAGCGAAGUUUUAGGCCUUGGGAACUCCUUGCCAAACUGCAAGGUUGUACAUCUACUACCUGCCCUUCAAUAGAAGGAGUUGGGAUCACACCAGCAGUGACAGUGCUCUGUUCCUACCUCUGUGAACUUCAGUGGUUUCAUUUCGAAACUUGUUGUCACGUGUGGGUUGAGUUUGUUAUUACUUCGUGUCCUCUAUCCGAGGGUUUCCCUCCAGGUUCUCCAUUUUUCUACCAUAAACCAACUUUUUAGAAUUAUCGACCCGGAAACAUUGGACGAAGAACUUCGCUUAGAUGUUCUACUUUUAAAUUUUCCCACACACACAACCCUCUAUACAGCGUUAUGAAAACCUGCCACAGACUUUGAUCUCCUCUGGCGUUUAGUUGAUUUAUCCCAUUGCAAAUACAAAGUUUGACCAACGACAAGUACUCUUCUUGCCUUUGGAAAUUUUCUUCUUUGAUCUAAAAGCCAAAAAUAUCAAAAUGAACACAGAGGAGAAAUGUGUAAGGAGAGCGGCGAGGAGAAAUCCUGACAGAUUUAAGCGGGGAGAGGAAUAAGAUUGCAGAUGCAGGGUUCCCAACGAAUGAUUUUUGUCUUGUAUCUCAGUUUGUCAGGGUGCCCACUUGCAGCCAAAAUGCAGCAACAGGAACACCAAGAAGUUAGGUACAUGUAUGUGUUAAGAUCAUUGCGCAGUGAGUAUUUUGAGUUGAUUUCUGUUUUUGCGUGUUCAGUAUGGUAUUAAAAACCAGUAUCGCUUCUUUUCCUAGGUGCCCUACCAUUGGUUGUGAUGGAACAGGUCAUGUGACUGGGAAGUAUGCUUCACACAGAAGGUGCGUUAAAGGGGCGAUAUUGUACGGGAAUGCACUGAUUUGAUUGGUCGAGAAACUUGGUCCAAUCCCGCGCUUUUCCCUGCCUCUUCUGUUAACUCUUUAACUCCCAUAAGUGACCAAGACGGAAUUUCUCCUUACAAUAUCAAUACAUUAUCAAGUAGACAAGUGAUGAGAAUAAAGAAAAAUAUCAUUUAGGGGAUUAUAAUUUGAUCUAAUACCAAAUUCUCCAAACUAACAUCACAAGAACUGGAUGGCAGACAGCAAGGAGAAUUACUAAUGAGAUCUUUAGGGUUAAAGAAUUAACUCUUGAGUCUUCAUUGGCUCCUACUGAUUUUCAUUUUUGUUUUCACGAACCGCUGUGAUUUCUUUAGUUUUGAUGUUACAACACGCAAUCAAGAAGUGUUCUUAGUGGAUACGACUCGCAAGGGAGGAGAUACAACUCGUUUUUAAGUUAUAACUCCUGCUUUCCACUUGCUCUACUCUGAGUUCAUGGUAAAUGAACCCUUUAACUCCCAAGAUCGGAUUGUUAAUUCUCCCCUCUUGCUGCUACACAUUUUCUCGUAAACAAGUUGCGAGAAUGUGGUGUUAGAUCAAGAUAACAACUUCUACCUGAUACAUUUGAGUACUCUCCUUACCUGUUUGCUGGAUAGUGGAUGGAUAUUGUAUGGAGAGGUUACUUGUUAAUCACUUCUGGGAGUUAAAGGGUUAAGCUCCAAACUUCUAUAGGCAUAUUCUCCACACUGUUCUCUUUACACUUCCUAUUGUGCUAGGAACGAAAUUUUUUUUUAUCAAUUAAGAGCUGUUUCAAUUUGAGAUUAUGUCCUUUCUUCUCAUGAUCUUUAUGUUUGAUUCAGGGGAGGUACUGUAUGGAGAAAUUAGAUGUUUGUCACUCUCUUGGGUUUUUUGUGGGUUAAAUGUUCUUUUUUCUUUGGUAGUUUGUCAGGUUGUCCCCUGGCUCCUAAGCUUGCUCUUCAAAAUGCUGAAGGUAAGUAUCGUCUCCAAUCCAUAUAUCUGUUCCUUAAAUCGCUUAUAUUUAAGACCUCUGUCUUGGGAUGAGGAUCGAGAAUCGGCAGUGUUCUGUCAUUGUAAAUAUAUGGUAUUAUUAAUCAGUAAUGGUAAUUAGUAAUUAGUAAUUGGUAAUCAGUCUUUUUCUUCUUUUCAUUUCCUAGGGAGUCCGCAGUCGGAUAAAGUCGGUCCUAUGUAAGUAAUUGUAUGGGGUUUUUUUGUUUUGUUUUUGUUUUAUCCAGAUGAAUGUCCAGAUCCUUCUACUUGCAUAAAACACCAAAGAAAGAUUUUUAAUGAAAAGAAUAGAAUAAGAAUAGAAUUACAUUCCAAAAUUCGGUCUUUAAAUUUUCAUCGCUGACCGUAUUAAGAAUGUUGAAUAAAUUAGACUAACGUGUUCUGUUUUGCCUAGAAGCUAACUUAAUAUGUAAGGAACUGAAAAUUAGUUGUAUUUGAUAAAUUUCCUAGAAAGGAGUUUAAGAAGUGUGGUGUGUGUUCUUUUUCCAUUAGGUGUCCUACUCCUGGAUGUGACGGGACAGGACAUUCUAGCGGUCAAUUUAGUACCCACAGGAGGUAAGAGAAGUUUCUUUUGUUCAUCUCGUCGUCUCCUUGAAGUUUCUAUAGUUUAGGGGUGAGGGGGAGGGAUGAGUCUGUUCAGAUCAGCACUUUCCGAGUCCCCUCGAGUAUUCGAACCUCAGACCUCUGGAUUCCAAGCUCUGAUGCUUUACCACCGAGGUACAAGGAACUCCGUGGUGAGUUAGCAAGACAAUAGUUUCCCUACAAACAAAUGUAACUCUCUUAUCUGUUUCUUCAGUUUAUCAGGCUGCCCUCUGGUUUCUCCUUCGGAGAAGAAAGUCCUCAUGAGACAGGAAGCAGAGUCCAAGUUGUUGGCUCAGGCAAGCGCCAGGUCUCCAGAUGUCAAGCUGGUUAAAAUCCGAUCGGGCAAAGGUAAUGCUGAGAAGGCAUAGUAAUACCUUAUGUAUGUAGUCAGAGUCAGGUAGAAUGAUAGUGUUUAAACGAUAGAUCCUCUCUCAUCAUCGACCCGUGGCUGAAUGCUGAAAUAAGGAUUAUAAUUGAUCCCCACUCGUGGAUUUACUUCAGUCUAAGGAACAGCAUUCGACAAAGGAUGUCGGCCAAGACCCUUUAGUAGUGAAGAAAUUAUCCUCGCAGUUGAGUUACUAUGAAAGAAAUUGCUGUGAAGAAGCCUGAAAAAAAUUCAGGCUUCGACGGGGUUUGAACGUAGGCCUCCCAGAUACAAGUUGGGCGCCACUAACAACUGAGCCACGAAGCCACAUGUUGUUACGAGCGAGGGAAAUUUGCAAGAUGUGGCUGGUUUCAAUUUUCCUUGACACAAUAAUCUGAAGAACUCGUAUCGAGGAUUUAAACCUUGUGUAGACAUUUCCUGUCGAAAUGUGUCAAAGACCAAGAAUAGUGGCCGAGACGUUGAGGAAAUCUUUCAUGUGAAUUCGGACGAAUAAAAUAAGCCAGGGUUAUUAGAUUUCGUCUUUCAAAUUGUAGGAGUUCACGCGCAGGUUCGAAUGUUUUGUAUGUUACGUGUUGUUAAACUACAAGUCAGAAAUGACCGGCAUUUGGUAAACGCAUCGACUUAGUACCUGCUUGGAUCAGAGAGAGCCAGGCAAUCGAAGUUUUCAGCGCAGACAAAGAAUGCUUACGUAGAGUCUCCAGUCAUUCAGUUUGUAGGAAGGAGCCUCAAAGGUCAGUUUACAAACAGGCGAGACAGACAGUUUGCUUGGUCAAAAAAAAUUCAAACAAACAGACAAGCAAAGUAGACAAGGAAGACAGGGAGUAGCAUCAUUUUUUUGAUCGAAAUCCGAAAAAAAAAAGAAAACAUUCUUGCUUGGUGCUGCUUUUACCACACCAGCUCAACAAGAAAUUGAAAAAGUGCGCGCCUUGGAUAAGGAGAUCGACGUGCUUCAGUCGUCUAACGAGGAAUGCGAGAAACUCAAUAAAGAGCUUGACUCGGAGAUUAGCAAACUGGAACAACGCUUGACAGUGUGUAAGGAGGAGACGGCAAGUGACCGACACAGGACAGGCGUGGUGGAAACCAAACUUGCCGUGGUGCAGACACGUUUUAUCGCCUCACUGUCCCAUGUCCAGGUGCCAGACAUUGGUGUGAAGCUCACCUUUGAUUCCAUGGAUACAUAUAUUGAAAAAUUACAGCAAAUAAUUGAAGAAAAUGCAACAGAUUACAAGGAGCUAAUUGCAGAUAUCAAAGAAGCAUUGGCAGAUUUUAAGUGUUAAGAUACAGAAUAAGAUAUAUGAAAAGAUUAAUUAAAACCUAUAAUUCAUAAUUAUUAGAUACUAAGGUUAUGUUAUGUAUGGUAAUGUUAAAUGAAUUGCCAAGAAAUUAUUAAUUAUUAGUAACAGAGAAGUUAAGAAUUUUAUCAUGAUAAUUAUCUCAAAGUCCGCUAACUACAUAUCUUUUAAAAUACUACAGUAACGGUUGGAGCCUCGAAUGAGGUUUCGAAAUGUAUUUACACAUUUUGUAUUAUUUUAUCCUCUAAGAUAAGACCCCUUUUCACAAUGGUUUUGCUCUUUUAAUUCUUUUCGUGUUGUUACUUCUGCGACAACUACAGUAUUUCGUGUCCCUAAUAAUCCUAUUUAUGCACUAUUUAUAACCACACUAUUGAAACCCAUAUUAUAUUAUCCUCCUCUUUAUUUACAUGUCGCUUGCUUCAUCCAUUGCGUUUACCUUUAUGUUUGUCUUUCACUUCACUAUAAGAGAUAUAAGUGGAAUAUUGCAUUUAAAUAUGUGGUUAAAUUUUAGCAAACUUUUGGCGGUUGUAACUCCUUUUAAUUCCUCUGAUUUCGAAGCUUGUUUGUUUGACUUUUGACUUUUUGUUUGUUUGUUUUUUGACGCUUUAACCCCUUAAAGUGUUACUUUAUUACAUUCUGAGAACAGAUAAGCUAAUCCGCCAGAGGGUGUGAUCUUGAUAGAAUACCAAAUUCUUUAUGGCAUUUACUGGAAAAUUUGUGGCGCUCAGAAGGGAGAAUUACUUAUCGAUUCAUGGGAGUUCAUGGGUUAAGGAUGCACAUCAUCCUAUUGCCUCUCCUCUUCACUCAGUGGAAGAGAAAUCUGUCUAAAUAAUUAAACGCAUAAGUUGUUAUUGUAAAUAGAAUGUAUGAAUUUAUGAAAUUUAGAGUUGAAUUUUAUUCUACAUUUCUUUUUAUAUUCUGUGGCUCGGGACAGGUUUUUUGUGGCCUAGGUAAUCGUCUAUUCAUUCACUUUAAAGGGGCAAUUUUCUGAAUUUUAAAAAUUUAAUUGAAAAUUAUGAAUGGGUUAAAAAAAAAUUGUUUUUCAGGUUAAGUACUUUAGGAACUUGCGUCUUCAACGCUUAGUUUUACCAUUUUUAACUUAGAACUUUACAUCUUUACUUUAUUAACUGGUGCAUUUUCCCCUCACCAAAAGCAAACAACAAAAUAGUAAAUGAAAAGCUAUAUCUCAAAUGUAUAUAUUUACGUCUAAAACGUCCGAUUUAUAAUUUACAAAAUCUAUAGUAUUAAUAACUAAUAUAAGAGUUGUUUAAUAUAUUAUUUAUUUGAUGAGCAUGUUGAUUAUUCCUUAUACACGUGACUCGCAGAAACCUAAUCAGAGAUAUAGAUCGUUAUAGGUUAUCUUGAUUUUAAUAGCUCUUCAGAAUAUAAAAAUUUGAUUACAUAAAGUAAUAGAUAAUGUGUAGUUGGUGCUAUAAUUGCUAUCUCUAGAUAGUGUUUCGUUACUAAAGAUCAUAGCCCAGUUGUUCAAAGGAUGGAUAAUUCUAUACAACGGAUAAAUCGCGGAUAAGUGUCAACACAAGAUACUGCGCUAACCACCGGAUAGAGAUUUAUCCAGCGGAUACUAGCGUUAUCCACCUAUCGAACCACCGGGGCCAGAAGACAUUAUAGCGUGACGUUAUGUCCGAAUACCCUAGAGCGUGACGUCACAUCAUCUGGGGAGCUUAGUUAUGUGAUCUUUUUUUGGUUUACACGGACUCGAGGGUUUGAGAGUCACUCCAAGCUACUCGUGGCCGUAAGAAAUAUUAAUAUAUUAAAGGCAGAAAUAAGAGAUAUUAUCAACAGAAAGGCGUCAGUUUCUAAGUUCAAAACUUAAUUUAAAUUCCUAUAUUUAAAGCAAUCCUUUCCAUAUUUAACCAGUUUAUAUCAAGUCUAAGUUGUAACCGUAACUCUGUUUGGAUGACUCCUCAUUGAAACGUGUGUGAACAUUAUACCUUCUGUUCAUUUAUUAUUUAUCAGUGUUAUUUAAUUUUAUUUAUGAAAUUUUCUAAGAGUGUACUUUGUCGAAAAAGAAGUCGAGUUUCAAGAAUAACUGAGCUCAUAAAAUGUGAAAGCUAGUUUUUUGUUAUUGUUGUUGUUGUGUUAAUUUUCUUUGUUAGCUAGUCUUGAGGAUGUGUUAGCAGUGUUUGUACCGUAGUUGAUAAUUUUCUUGCUUCUACUUACCUUUUAGUCCGACAGUUUAUUGAAGUUGUAAGAGAGAAGUAAGGUAUUGAUCACUCUUAGUACCAAAAUGGUCGAUAGUAAUCAAGCAAAGUGAGGUGUCAUCCAAAGCAAGAGCUCUAAUUUUUUAUUUUAUUUUAUUUUAUUCUCAUAAAACAAAUUGCUUUGUCGAACGGAACUCUCACGUUAUAAGUUCUUGAUUUGUCCGCAAAGUUUCAGCGAGGUACCGCUGAACAUAAAGACUAUGAUGCAAUUUUCAAUUGGGUGUCAAAUGUAAACCGUGUUUUUUUGGUUAUUUGCUUUGUUUUAUUCUAUGGGCCAGACAUCUUUUCAGCCAAUCAAUUUGACGGCUAAGACUAGACGAGAUUUGCUCACUCGCUUGUUUCUACGCUUGAGACAUGUCGUGUAUAUCCUUUGAUUACUCAUUGGCUAAAUCUGAUGUUAACCUUCAAUUUGAUCGGCUCUUGUGAUUGUUUUGUUAAUUUUUUUUCUUUCGACACUCAAUCGAAGAGAGCUCCUCUAAAAGUAAUUAAGAUAGCGGUAACUACCAUCUGUUUUCUCGUUUGAAUUACACCGGCUAUCACACUUGCACCGUCGGACAAUGUGAACCUCCGGUGCUCGAAGAUCCUAACCCACUUGAAACACAAACAGCAAGUUAAUCCUUGUUUAACACUCGUAGAGUACAAGAUAACGAGUCGCCGCUGGAUAAGGAAUUAUCGAUAUUUGGAAUUCUCAGUCAAUAAUUUUUUUUAUUAUUUUAAUAUGUAAAUGAACGGUUGAGUUUCAGCAAACCGUCGUGUCAGUUCAGUAUCAACAGUUGGAUUCUCCCAACAAUGUUGGAACAUGUUUUGCAAUCCCUCUUGGGAGGAUUGUUUUUUUGGUCAAGGGUUUGAUCUGGCUCUGAAUCUGCCACGGAGAAGCUAUACAUUGAUUGUUGUAGGGCAUUGAAGGCUCAGCUAGAGCCCUAAUGUAAGUCUUAUAUAGACGUAUUUUUUAGUCAAAAUGGAAUUGUCUAAGUGAAUCUAUGUGAAUUUAUAUCUAAAAAUAAAAUUCCGUAAAAACUCAAAGGAG